UGCCAUUUAUCAGCUGGUUUUGUUAUUGUCGAGUAUAUUUCGGCGAAGUAAGAUUUGGAGAGGAAAAAUAAAGAUGUCUUUAACACGUGUAACAAGAUUAUUCCAAAGCCAAUUGAAACGUACACAAAGUGUACCGGCUGCAUUAUAUCAUGAAAAGGUUGUUGAUCAUUACGAGAACCCCCGGAAUGUUGGUUCAUUGGACAAAAAAGAUAAAAGCGUUGGUACUGGUUUAGUUGGAGCACCGGCUUGUGGUGAUGUCAUGAAAUUACAAAUUAAAGUUGAUGAAAAUGGAAAAAUAAUUGAUGCGAAAUUUAAAACAUUUGGAUGUGGCUCAGCUAUUGCUUCUAGCUCUUUGGCUACUGAAUGGGUAAAAGGAAAAACUAUUGACGAGGCUGGCACUUUGAAAAAUACUGAUAUUGCAAAGGAAUUGAAGUUACCCCCAGUGAAAUUACAUUGCUCUAUGUUAGCUGAAGAUGCAAUUAAAGCUGCUUUAGCAGACUACAAAGUUAAGCAAGAACAACAAAACUAAAAAUAAUUUCAUUAAGUAAUAUACAAACUAAGUUUCGUUGUUUCUUUAAGAAUUUUUAGAAUGGGAGGGAAAUAAUUUUUAUUGAAUUUAAUUUUGAAAAGAUUAAACAAAGGAAGAGAAAAAAUAUAUGAUAUUUAAACUAAAUUUGUAGUAUCCACUAAAAAAAUUAAAUUGUUAAAUGAUAUAAAUUAAAAUAUGUAACAGUAAACUAUCUAUAUUAAAGUCAAAUAAAAUCUUAAAAAAUUGCA